CGCGGGGAGUAACGGUACAACGGAAAAAGGAAGCGAAUGGGAACAGUAACAACCCCAUGGAAGCCGCUUCUUCUCAACGCUUUGGAAUCCAAUUCCCAUAUCAAACACUCUUCCUUCUUUCAACUCGCAACAAUUGGAUCUAAUGGAAGACCCUCGAAUCGCACCGUGGUUUUUAGAGGAUUCCAAGAGAACAGUGACAAGUUCCAAAUUAAUACUGAUGGCAGGAGUCACAAGAUAGAAGAACUGAAACAUUGCCCUUUUGCUGAGAUAUGUUGGUACUUUACUGAUUCUUGGGAGCAGUUUCGAAUCAGUGGAAGAAUUGAUGUUAUUGAUGGAUCCAAUCCUGAUACUCUGAAACUUCAGCAAAGGGAGAAAUCUUGGUUUGCUAGUUCUGUUAAAUCAAGGCUACAAUACUUGGGACCAAUUCCAGGUUUCCCCUGCAUAAGUGAGCACCCUAAUCAGGAAAUUGCUUUAGAUCCUUCAACAGGCCCAGUUGGUGCAUUUUGUCUGCUGGUUCUUGAUCCUGAUCAGGUUGAUUAUUUAAAUUUGAAGAGUAACCAGAGGCUUAAGUUUAUAUCCACACUAGGUCUGAAUGGACUGAAAAGCUGGACGUCAGAGAGAAUCAACCCAUAAUUUCUGUUUUCUAUUUCUAAAACCAUAGUAUGAACACACAUUGACAUCUUCUAACCAUUUAACUGAUCUGGUGUGAUUGAUCUUGAAGAAACCUAUUAAUCUGUUGUAUACUUUAUUAUUCUCUCCUGUAGUUGAUUUUAGAUAUUUCAUAAAUUUUCUUUCUUUUACUACUUUUGUUGAGGACAAAGUAUGGAUCAUGCGAAAGGACUUGUGACUAUUUCCAAAUGAAAACGUACUAAAAACUGUUUACUGGA